AUGAUCGAGCCCGUUGGGAAUCAGUACGUCGUGGCCAGGCCAGUGUAUUCCUCAAAUGGUUUUGCGGAAGAACAUAAAAGGAAGGAAAGACGUCAUAAGACAGUUCUGGAUCAUCUCAAAUUGUGCUGUAGAUGUUCCUCCAAAAAGGCCAAGAAGAUUCUCCUCUCUUUUCUACCCAUAGCAUCUUGGUUACCAGGGUACCGGCUGAAAGAAUGGCUCCUCAGUGACAUAGUUUCUGGGAUCAGCACAGGGCUGGUGGCUGUCUUGCAAGGUUUGGCGUUUGCGCUGCUGGUCAAUAUCCCCCCAGCCUAUGGGCUUUAUGCGGCAUUUUUCCCAGCCAUAGUCUACUUUUUCUUUGGUACUUCUAAACACAUAUCUGUGGGUCCGUUUCCGGUUCUGAGCAUGAUGGUGGGUGCAGCAGUAAUGAGACUAGCCCCAGACGGUCCAGAUGGCUCACCCAACAACGGCACAGACGACACACUCACGCAGAAGAGAAUAACGGCGGCUGCGUCAGUCACAUUCCUUGCUGGAAUCAUCCAGUUGGCCUUUGGACUUCUACGGAUUGGGAUUGUGGUGGUCUACCUCUCUGAGUCCUUGAUCAGUGCCUUCACCACCGCGGCCGCCCUCCAUGUCGUCGUGUCCCAACUCAAGUUCAUGCUGCAGCUGACAGUCCCCGCACACAGUGAUCCAUUUUCGUUCUUCAAAGUCCUGGAGUCCAUAUUCACACAAAUACAGAAGACCAAUAUUGCAGACCUUGUGACAUCCCUAAUCAUUCUCGUGAUUGUAUUCAUCUUUAAAGAAAUCAACCAGCGCUUCAAAUCCAAACUCCCAGUGCCCAUUCCCAUCGAACUCAUUGUGACUGUGAUCGCAGCAGGUGUGUCCUACGGCUGUGACUUCGAAAAGAGGUUUGGCGUGGCUGUGAUUGGGACCAUGGAGAAGGGAUUCCAAACACCUACUGCCCCUGAUGCUCAGGUUUUCCAGGAUGCCAUAGGAGAUGGCUUCUCCAUUGCAAUCGUAGGCUUUGUUGUGGCCUUCUCCGUAGCCAGUGUCUAUUCCCUCAAAUAUGAUUAUGCGAUCGAUGGCAGUCAAGAGUUAAUAGCCUUUGGAUUGGGUAACAUAGUGGCCGGAGCAUUCAGAGGAUUCGCUGGAAGCACCGCUCUCUCAAGGUCAGCGGUUCAAGAGAGCACAGGAGGCAAAACCCAGAUUGCUGGAAUCCUGUCUUCUGUCGUUGUGUUAAUUGUCAUCCUAGCCAUUGGGUUUCUUCUGCAACCACUACAAAAGUCUGUGCUGGCAGCCCUAGCGCUUGGAAAUUUGAAGGGAAUGCUGAUGCAGUUUGCUGAGAUAGGCAGACUGUGGAAGAAAGACAAAUACGAUUGCUUAAUUUGGAUCAUGACCUUCAUCUUUGCCAUUGUGCUGGGACUCGGAUUAGGUCUGGCAGCAAGCGUGGCAUUUGAGCUCCUCACCAUCGUAUUCAGGACCCAGUUUCCAAAAUGCACCACCUUGGCUAACAUUGGAAGGAGCAACAUCUAUAAGAAUAGAAAAGACUAUUCUGAUAUGUAUGAGCCAGAAGGAGUGAAGAUCUUCAGAUGCCCAGCUCCUAUCUACUUUGCAAACAUUGGUUUCUUCAAGCACAAACUGAUUGAAGCUAUUGGCUUCAGUCCACUCCGAAUUCUACGCAAGCGCAACAAAGCUUUGAAGAAAAUCCGAAAGCUGCAGAAGCAAGGUCUGCUACAAGUGACACCAAAAGGAUUCAUAUGUACCGUCGAUGGUAUCAAGGAUUCUGACGACGAAGAACUGGACAACAAUCAGAUCGAACAGCUGGAUCUGCCCAUCGACACCAGCGACCUGCCCUUCCAGAUCGACUGGAAUGCUGACCUUCCUCUCAACAUCGUGGUCCCCAAAAUCAGCCUCCACAGCCUCAUCCUCGAUUUCUCAGCAGUGUCAUUUCUUGAUGUGUCUUCCAUGAGAGGCCUCAAAACGAUCUUGAAAGAAUUUUCCAGGAUCCAGGUGGAUGUGUAUAUUGUUGGAACUGAUGAUGAGUUCAUCGACAAGCUUGCUCAGUGUCAGUUUUUUGAUGAUGAAGUCAAGGACUCAAUGUUUUUCUUAACAAUCCAUGAUGCUAUUUUGCACAUCAUGAUGAAGAAGGAUUACAGUGCCUCCAAGUUUAAUCAGGAAAAAGAACCCAAAUUUGAUUUUACCAUAAAUACAAAUGGAGGAUUACGUAAUCGGGAUUAUCAGUCUUCAUAA